AUGCUGAAGGACGUGCUGCCGAAGCCACGGAGAUCCUCCUCAAUAUCAUCAGGACGUCAGACAAGGAGCGAAAUGCAAUUUCCUUCAAGUCCUGCGAGUCUACUUAUCAAACGAAGCAGAACUCGCGCUACAAAAGGGUUGUGGGAGGAAGCAAUACAGGAUGCGAACGAGGAGGUGAAAGCGGAUCCCUCCAGUCCUUGGGGCUAUGAGGCCACGCAUGUGGUGCUUCAUGGCGCGAAGCAGUAUGACGAGGCAAUCGAGGCUUUCAAGUCCAUGCUACAUAGGAUGGAUCAGUCCCAUGACCCCGCAACCACCCAACUCCGUAAGAACUACAUUUCACCACCCGACGUGAUUGCUGCAAUCGAUUCCAUCGUCAGCGAGAUCUGUUGUCCCCUCGUCGUCAUUGAUGUCACUACCGGCUGCCUUUGCAAUGAUACUGGGCGGAUGCGUAUUUUCAAGGCUGAUACGAGGUUCAAAGGACUUGUUUCAUCCAUGACAAAAAAAGUGGACAGGACGGAGAUCCGACAUGUGGUUGAAAGGUUUUUCGGAUACGUCAUGUUCUCGCACGCAUGGUUCGGUCACAAUUGGGCAUGGUCAUAUAUGUGUUGUAUCGACAAGUCCGCGAGCUCUGUCCUUAACCAGUCCCUUACCUCCAUGUACAAGUGGUAUGCGAAUUCGGCGGCCACGCUCGUAUUCCUUGCCGGUGUAGCCCAUCCGCCCAAGCCCGGGGACCUUUCGCGUAGUUUAUGGAUGGCGCGAACUUGGACAUUACAAGAGCUUCUCUCACCAAACGUCAUCUUUUUCUACGACUCCGGGUGGAAACCGUACUUCGGCAAUACUGGCGUGAGCCACAAGCAAUCUCCAGGGAUCAUGCAAGAGCGAGCGGAUGCUAUCAAGAUCCCCUCCGGAACCAUCGUCACGUUCUUUCCAGACAAUCUUGGGGUGCGCGAAAAACUUCGUCUCGCUUCGACGCGCAAUGCGAAGUUCGAUGAAGACGUCGCAUACUCUCUGAUCGGGAUAUUCACGUCCGAUAUUAGGCCCCACUACGGCGAAGGAAGCGACGCUCUCGGACAUCUCCUGGAGGAGAUCGUGGCCCGCAAUGGAGAGGUCACCGUACUUGCGUGGUCAGGGAAUUCAUCGUCAUGCAACAGCUGUCUCCCGGCUUCGAUUUUCCGUUUAUAG